AUGCUAGAUAUUAGUGAAAAAGAAAUAGUGGCUAUAGGUAAUGUAUUAAAGGAUGAAGACAGACCACUUAAAGAACGAUUUCGUGCAUUAUUUACUUUGAAAAAUAUUGGAGGUUCAAUAGCUAUUGAACAAAUACGUGAAGGUUUUAAAGAUAAAUCUGCAUUAUUAAAACAUGAACUUGCAUAUUGCCUUGGUCAAAUGCAAGAUCCUUUAGCAAUAUCUGUUUUAAUUGAUGUAUUAAAAGAUGACAAACAGGAACCUAUGGUCCGUCACGAAGCAGGAGAAGCAUUGGGUGCUAUUGGAGACAUGUCAGUUAUACCAUUAUUAGAUCAGUAUAGUAAAAGUCUUAUACCCGAAAUUGCAGAAACAUGUGAAUUAGCCUUGAAACGCUUAAAAUGGUUACAAUCAAAUGAUUGUCAAGAAAAUUUAUUAAAAAGUCCAUAUAUGUCUAUUGAUCCUGCUCCACCAGCAGAAAUCACUGAUAUUCAUAAUCUAAAGAAAACAUUACUAGAUGAAAAUAAAUCAUUAUUUGAUAGAUAUCGUGCAAUGUUUGCUUUAAGAAAUUUGCGAUCACAAGAAAGCAUCCUUGCUCUUAGUGAAGGAUUAAAAGCAGGUAGUGCCUUAUUUAGACAUGAAAUUGCAUUUGUUCUUGGUCAACUCCAAGAAGAGGUUUCUAUCCCUUAUUUACAAGCUUCUCUUGAAGAUAUAGAAGAAAAUGAAAUGGUACGUCAUGAAUGUGCAGAAGCAUUAGGAGCUAUUGCUACUCCUGAUUGUCUUCAAAUUUUAAAUCAAUAUCUUCAAGAUAGUAAGCAGGUUGUGAGAGAAAGUUGUGUCAUUGCUCUAGAUAUGUGUGAAUAUGAAAACAGUUUUGAAUUUCAAUACGCUAAUACACUGACAAAAAUUAAAGCAUAGAUUAUAAAUAUUAAAUCAUAAACUAUGAUUGAUGUUCUUCUAUCUUCUGGAUAAUAGAAAAUGCUUUGUUUUACAAAAAAAUCCAUAUUACAUAAGAAAUAAGUAAAGAUCUUACAUAUUUUGUACUUAUAUAUAUAAUAAGAAUUUAUAUUAAUGUAAUAAAGAUAUAAUUAUUCACAUGGCAAAUAAAUGAAAUAAAAAGUA